AUGGUGCACACUCACACGCACUCCACGUGCGCUAUUGCACGCUGGGUUCCGUCACGUGACGGCGAAGUGACGUCACCGAAUGUUGUUGUCGGGGCGGGCGGGGCCCCGCUGCAAAGAUGGAGGGGCGGCGGGGCGCGCGCGGGGCGGCGCGGCCGGGCACCGCGCAGGGGUCCCGGGCGGCGUGGGCACAGCCCCAGCACCGCGGCCGGCGCUGACGGUCUCUCCGGAUUGCCGCCUCUCUGCGCCCCCCCCCCCGGCACCGCUGUCACCCCGCCGGCCACCAUGGACCCCCAGAGUGAUGCAGAGGGGGGGUCCGGUCGUGAGCCCUCGCUGGAGCUCCUGUCCUGCGCCCAGCUCCACGCCACCCACCCUACCUCAGGUGAGUGCUGGGGGGGGGGGUCCCGACCCCCCCACCCUGCUCCUAAACCCGGUGGCAUGGUGCCCAGCACCGGUGUGCACGGGUGUGCAUGGGUGUGCAAGGGGGAGAUCCACUCUCCUUGUAUGCUUGUGCACGGGUGUGCAAGGGGGAGAGCUGCCCUCCUUGCACAGGUGUGCAUGGCUGUGCAAGAGAGAGCUGCUCUCCUUGUACGGGUGUGCAAGGGGGAGAUCCGCUCUCCUUGCACGGGCGUGCAAGUGGCAGAGCCGCUCUCCUUGCACGAAUGCGCGUGA